UAAUGAGGAAACUGCUGGUUCCGGGACUGGUCAUCUGCUCCGUCUACCUAAUCGUCAUCAACCAUUUCAUUAAUUGCCCAGGUUCGCCGCUCUCCGCACCCGCCAGUCCUCCCGCAGGCGAGUCUCCGACCAAUCUCAGCCACCUUCUCUUCGGAGUAGUAAGCUCCGCAGAAUCAUGGAGGGCCCGGUGUCCCCUCGUCGAAGCCUGGUGGCUGCCGAACGUCACGCGGGGCUUUGUCUUUCUAGAUACGCCGCCGGCGGGGAGGCUCCUCCCGUGGCGCCCGACUUCGCCGCCGUUCCGGGUCUCCGACAACACGUCUCGGCUGGAGCAGGAAACCAACCACGCGGCUCCGAUCAUGGUCCGGAUGGUGCACGCCAUUCAGGAGGCGUAUAGAGAGGCCGGAAACGGAGUGAGAUGGUUCGUGAUGGGGUUCGACGAUUCCGUCUUCUUCGUGGAGAAUUGGGUCGACGUUCUGGGGAAGUACGAUCAUAGAAAGUAUUAUUACAUUGGUGGGUAUUCCGAGACGGUUAUGUCGAAUUACUUAUUCUCGUUCGAGCAGGCGUUCGGCGGCGGCGGGUUUGCGCUGAGCUACCCGCUGGCGGCAGCGAUGGCGAAGGAUCUGGACGGGUGUAUAAGGAGGAGCUCGCAGGUGCCUUCGCACGACACGAUUGUGCAGUACUGCGUUAACGAGUUGGGAGUUUCUCUUACUGUGGAGAAAGGAAUUCAUCAGAUUGAUCUACGAGGGGACAUAUCAGGACUUCUAUCAGCCCAUCCACAAUCUCCGUUGCUGUCCCUCCACCACCUCCCUCACGUUCGCCCCAUCUUCCCCUCCAUGGACCGGUUCACGUCCGUAAGCCAUCUCAUCAACGCUGCUACAAACUCUGAUCAGUCCCGUUUGCUCCAGCAAACCAUCUGCUACCACAGGCCAAAGCACUGGUCUUUUUCAGUCUCGUGGGGCUACGCCGUCCACAUUUACGAGCAUCUCCACCCUCGCUUCGUCCUCAAGAGGCCGCUCGAGACGUUCGAGCCCUGGAAGGACUUGGCCAAGAAUCCAAAGUUCAUGUUCAACACAAGGUCGCCAUGCGAGACCCCCUCUGUUUUCUUCUUGGAAUCCAUGGAAAACGCCACCUCCCCAGACCGUAUUGUUGGCUCCUACGUCCGGUCGCCGCCCCCUCCUCGCCCCCAGUGUCACUUGAAAGGAGACGGAUCGUCCCUUCGCAUCGCUAAAGUUCGGGUUUUCUCGUCUGCCACGAAGCUGGCCGGGGUUGAAAGAAGUGAAUGUUGUGACAUUGUGCACGAGGAUGGCUCCACUGUUGCAGAGGUCAAGCUAAGGGCUUGCAGGGAUGAUGAGAUUAUUGGAUAAUGAGCCAUGAUCAAAUCAAGAGUUAGAUGGAGAAUUUACUCUAAUUUUGUGCAACCGAUCGAUCGAAGCAGGUAAAUUAUAUAUUUUGAUCCAGCCUAACAUUUUUGGGAUUUUCAUCUAUAUUUUAACUGAUUUACUACAUCUUUUAUUCGGAAAAUGUAUUAUGGGAAAAUGGCUCUAAAAGACUAUGCUUCUCUUCAAUGUAUGGUCAGCAAUAUGGAAAGGUUACUCUUAACAUUUCUUUUUUCUUUUUCUUUUUUUAUUUUUCCUCUGGAAACUUUUAUUCAAAAAUAUGUUG